GGCCGGGAAUUACUUAGUUUCUUUCAAUUGAACAAGCAACAUCCUCUCGUUACAUGAAAAUCAGCAAACUCGCAUCAAACGGCGAAACAACAAGAGACAGAGAGAGAGAGAAAGAGAGAUAUUGACAGUGAGCGAGAUACAGAGAGUUUUAUUAGUAAGGAAAGCGUUUAAAGCAGCACGCAAAGUAGCAAAGAGACGUGUUAAAAUCAGAUUUUUUAACAAAAGCUCAAGUGACACUGCUGAAUGGGAAAGAGAAACGACAAAAAAGUGUUUUUGUGCGACAAAGUGAGUGUCUGAAAAUUCCGGCCCUGCCAUAAGUCAACCUGCAGCACACACACACACACACACAACCCCAAGUUUGGAAAGGAAAUGAGGAAACAUUGAUUUUUCCCGUUUUCUUCGCAUCCAAUUUGCAAAGUAAUAAUACGGGGCUUUUGCUAGUUCAGCGGUUGACAGGUUCUCUGCUUCAUGUUUGACGUUUGUCAGGUACAGGGACACAACACGGUACAGCGGCGAAAGCGCAAGCGAAGUGGGCUGGAAAAAUCGUUGUGACACCCCGUUUCAACCCAACCCCGUGUGAAGGCGUAAGUGUGUAUUGUGCGUGCGUGUUCGAGGCAAAAAAACCGACGACGACGACGACACGAUCGAUCCAAGUGAUAAUCAAGUGCUGUGAAAUUACAAAUAAUACAUUUUAAUCAAGGAAAGUUAAAGUCCCAGAAAGUACAAGACACACACACACACACGCUGCUAACUACAAGCAGAAGAGCAAAAGCUGAAAAGUUCAAAUAGCAUUACUAAGGCGAGAAAAAGGAGCAACAAAACACGAUUAACGUGUUUUUUUUUUUUUGUGUUCGUACGCGUGUGUGUUGUUCCAUUUGAACCGUGAGUUUUGUGUGUGUGAAACAACCGAACCCCACCCCUUCCACCCACCAGGCAAGGGUAAAUCGGGGGACUUUUCGCUGUUUUUAUUUAUGAGUGCGAAUUUGGCUGCUAUCGACGAACUGGUUGAAGAGUUUCUGAAAAUGGAACUCAUCUCCGUGCCGCCGUAUCCGGGCCAGCUGGGCUACCUGGGAUCGACCAAAGUGAACGAUUUCCGGACACCGUUGAUGCCAAUCCCGGCCAACAAUAGUAACAAAAAUUCUAAUCAAAGCCAACGCCAUCAGAGCCAGCCGCAGCAGCGGGAGCAGCAGCAGCAGGCCGCCAGCCAGCAGCAGCAGCAGCUACCAUCCAGCCAGCCGCUGCGCAGUCACCAUCACAACAACAGCAGUAGCCAUCACCACCAUCACCAUCACCAUCACCACCAGCAGCUGCUGCAGCGGGAGCGGGAGGCGAAGCAGCAGCAGCGAGAGCUGGAACAGCAGCAGCAGCAGCAGCAACAGUUGCUGCAGCAGCAGCAGCGUCAGCAGCAACUGCAGCAGCAGCAGCAGCAGUACUACAGCGAGAACCAGUACCCGCUGGAGCCGGCGACGAUAGCGCUGACCGCCUCGCCGCACGAGGAUGCUCUCCAGAAGCUGACCCAGCGGCUCGAGAGCGAGCUGCGCAUCGCCAAGCGGCAGCACCUGGCCUGCACCGAGGUGCUGCUGCCGGCCGACCUGCUGCCCCGGAUAUCGGCCGAGAUGUUCGAGCAGUCGGAGAAGGAACCGUGCGGCAUCCGCGGCUGCACGAUCUACAUCGAGUUCGAGGACGAGCCAGACAACACACGGCGGAUUGCGACGAUGAAGACCGAUCCGAACACCGUGUCGACGUUCGAGCUGUACCUUACGCUCAAACAGGACCGAAGGGGAUGGACCUCGAUUUUGCCACAAUUUUUGAAAAAUUUGGCACGUGGCAGUACAAUCAUGAUCAGCCCGGAGUUCCGGCUGACCAAGAACAAGCUCUACCAUGCGUACGCCGACUAAAGGGGGCCCCCCGAGGGGCAAACUUAUCAUUGCCCCCCCCCCUCCGCCUCCCCCUCUUUUCCCCUUUACUUCUCCCACCCCACUUAUCUGCCUUCGAAUCCCGUUUUUGUGUGUUGCAAGUGCAAAUUGGGACAGGGCCAAUACAACUGAACAAACCUACAACAACAAUGUGUGUUUCUCAUCACCACCCACCCCACCGUGUGUGUGUGUGUGUGUGCCCAACACAGCAUCAACAUCACACGAGCACACCCCACCCCCCCCGUUUGGCGGACCGGUAGGCAGUAGCAGCGGCUGACCAUUUUGUAUUCCAAGAGGAGGAAGUAAACUACACGACCCACCCACCGGUACCCACCCACCCCCCCCACCACCAAGAGCGAGCGCGCGCGCAGCCAGCAAUUAUCGAAGAAGAAAAAACAAGUGAAAUAAUGUGCAUUUGUGUGUAAUGUAAAUGUGUGCAAAAUUGUGCAACGAAGAAGAAGCAAGCAAAGGAAAGCGGAAAAAAGCAAAAGAAUAAGUAUGCGUAGUGCAAUCUGUGAUUUUUCUCUGCGCACAGCAGCAUAAGCGUCGUAAGUGUGUGUGUGUGUGUUUGUGUGGAACGAUUUGCUUGAUUUGAAAUCAUCUCCUCCACCCGACAGCAUCGCAAGCAGCGCACACACACACAAAACCCCCCCCUUCGAACUGUGAUUAUGUGAUUAUGAUAUGCGCUCGAAUCGAAUUGUUUUGUUUGUGAAUGAAAAAGAAGAGGAAGAAGAAGAAUACGAAGCAGAAGAAAGCCAAAAUGCCAUCGAACCGGAAGCUGGGGAAAGGAAGUUCUCCUGGGAGAGCGCGAAGCAACGUGUGGUGUUGCAAUGUGGACUGUUUUUGGCGGGCCCAUCGCGUGUGGCUCCCCGUGGUCGUGGGUGGUGGUGGUGGUGGUGGUGGUGGUAGUGGAACGUCUGCAACGUCUUCAAAUCAAUUGGUGGAGAGAAGAAGAGCACGGGCAGCCGCUAUCUCUCUCUCUCUCUCUGCAUCGUUAAUCAUCAUCGUAGUCGUCACCAUCAUCGCCUCCCCUCCCCACGUCGUCGCAAAAGGUCGGCGUGGGCAACCCUCGUCGGCUCGAAGGAUACUCCCCCGGCAGCACCAGCUGAGCAAACAUGGGGGAGGAGGUUGGGGGCGGUGAUCUGCGUUCUUCAAAUCAUCCUGUGAUCGUCCCUCCGUUUUGUUUUCUCCGUUUGGACAAACCCCCGGCUCAUUGUCGCCAUUUGUCGUCAUACGCAGCAUACGGAGCUGCGAGCAGCAGGAGCCAGGCAGGUGUGUUUGAUGUGGUGGCGCGGUGGACCUCGAUGGACCCACCCUCCCAGCCAGACCACCCGGACAUGUGGCCCGGUGAGUGAGUGUGCGGAACUUGUUUUUUUUUUUUUUGUACAAUUACAAUUAGGCAGAGCAAAACAAAGCCGGUAGAGGAUGCAGAGCAAAUCGCAGAAUCGAAUUUUCAAGCGUAUUUUUCUUCCUUCUAACCUCGCGUGCCGAGUCCAAUCUUUCGUACCAGAGAGAUACUAGUGAGGAGGUCACGGCGAGGAGAGAGAGAAAAAGCAGCGAGUAAUAAGAAAAAGGGAAGAAAAACACGAUUGAAAAAACAAUACAAACAAAUUACACUCUAGAAUACGUUUAUAUAGGAAAGCCCCUAUCUCUCAACCCUUUCCCACACACACACACACACACGUACACACACACACACGUGUGCGCGUAUUACUAUUGCAAGAUGCAAACGAUUGAUAUGCAUCGCCGCAAACAAAAACAAAAAAACGAAACGAAAAUCGAUUUUCGAACGAACGCAUCAACUUCCCUUUUAAGUAUUUUAUAAAUAUUUAAAAUGAAGGCAAACCAACAACAACAUCAAACGUGUGUGUGUGUGUGUUUGUGUGAAUGUGGAAAAAGGGUGGGAAAGGGUGGAAAAGGCUCGGUUUAAAAACCAGUAAUGGAAGAAAAGAGAAAAAGCAACAACAAAAAAACCCCCCCAAGUGAUGUUUAGUGUGUGUAAGAGCAAAAGCUAAGCAAAAGCAUAAACACGUAAGCAAACGCAAGAAAAGCUGAAAUGCUAUAAGUAUAUGAACAAAGCAACGGUGUAAAGGUAAAAGGAAAAAAAGGGAUUUAAGUUCAAAAACAGCAGCGCAGAGAAGAGGGGAUGAAAAGAGCAAACACAGCACAGAACUCACACUCAACACGAGCAAAAAAAAAACACCACCACAAUAACAGAAACGUAAAUGAUUUGCAAUACUAAAGCUUAAUUAACACUGAUAAUAGUAGCAACUGGGUGAGGAAAAACUCCAAAUUCGAAGCAGGAAGAGCAUUGAACACACUCGCGCGUACACAGCACUGUUGGUCCGGCACACAGCCCCACACUUUGGAAGGGAGUGGGACAAAUACACCCACCACAAUAAUCUACCGGACGAUCGACGAUCGACUAGCACCGUUUGCGGGAAGGAGAAAAUGGUUUGGCUUUCUGCCUUACCUUUUUCGCUGGUUUUGGUUUAAAAUUUUCCCUUUUUUAACCUAUGGCACGGUUUAGUUUAUUGUUGUAAUUUUUUUCUUCUCUCUUUUGAAUAAGAUUUUUAAGCGAUGUCCGUUGCUUCUUCUUUGUGUGGUCACGUUUGCUGCCACUUCUUUUAUUUCGUUUUUUGCUGUUUUUAUCAGUAAGUUUUGCAUUUGUUUUUUUUUUUUUUAUAUGUGGAAUAGAAAUUGCGCUUAACCAUAUCGAAAUGAUGGUUAAAAUGCGUUCUUCUUUCCCGUCGUCUCUUUCUACUACUUUGUUUGCGUGUACUGUAACACAAUUUGAACUGUGUUCGCCAAUUGGUUUUUUUCCCCCGGACGAAUCGUAACAUUUUCGAUGAAGUAUUUAAGCGCAACAAGUCAAAUAUUAAAUUGAAUUACUUGUAAUUCAUUAUCUAGUAACGUUCUCUACUUUUUAAUCAAUUUUUUUUUUUUUUGCUGUAUUUUUCGUUGUUGGUCGUGAACUCAUUUGCGUUCCCUUCCAAAUAUUUAUUUGUGUUUAUGGUGGAUUUUGAAACGGAGUCCAAAGGCGUGCGUGUGUAUGUGUGUUUCAAUGCUAUUGUUUCUGGUUGGGUUGCAAAAACAAACAAACAAAAAACCGCCUUUUAACUGUGCGCGAAAAAACCCGCAGCUCUUCUUCGAUUCUUGUGAACCGAUCCGAUUGUGAUGAUUUCCUAGUGAUUUUCCAAUUUUCCUCUUUACGUAGUACGUGUGUGUGUGCGCGCGAAAAAGCGGCUCCCCCCCCGAAUACACAAUGUGUAGCAAUAGGGGGGUUGGGGUAGCACUCCAUGAUUUCGCCUUUCGAUUUUGCGAUAGGAGAAACAGAACUGUGGUGUGGCAGGCGCCAAAAAAAAAAAGAACAAAAACACACACACACACUAGGAGUUUUAGGGCAGCGCGUGAGAGGUUUGUUAAUUUUUUUUAAAUAUAUAUUGUAGGCAUGUACAAAAAAAAAACAAAACAAAACAAAAUCAAAUGCAUAAGUUUGUUCUUUGUUUUUGUGUCUAAAUUUUUGCAACAUAAUUAUUCUCGCCCCGUUUUUUUUUGACAUUUUUCGCAUUAGCGUGUGGACAUUCAGUUCAGUUCUCACAUACAAAUACAAUUACACACACACACACACACACUCACACGAGCAACACAUAUGGGUAGAAAGAAGGGAGAGCAAGUGGGAAAAAAAAGCGAGAGGAACCAGGGGUGCAGAAGUGUGUUGGGUGCAUGGUUUUAGGAUUUUCAAAUUUUUUUACAAACACAAACAAAUUAAGCGAACGAACUAAUGCUCGUAAGAGCGCGGCCGGCGACAGAGUGGAGGCGAAGCAUUGAUGAAUUGGUGGGGAGAGAGAGAGAGAGAGAGAGGUUCGUUUAUAAUAUGAUAGCAAACUUACAGUUUUGCGUUUAUCUCUUGUGAUUGAUGGAAUACAAAAGUGGAAGGAGAGGAGUGAGGUUGGAGGAUGUAAGCGGGAGAGAGAGAGGGAAAGAGAAGUGUGAUUGCGCAUUUUCAUUCAUUCAUGAUACAAAUUAAGGAAACGCGGGGAGAGCAAGAAAAGCGUAGCAUUAACGUACUACUAUCGAAUACACAAAAAUUACAAAUGAAAGUGAAAAUAGAAGAAGAAGGAGAGGGAGAGAGAGGAAGCAAAAUAAUCGUAGCGUAACGAGAAGGGAAGAGGAAGCACGAGAAAAGAGAACAAAAAAAGAGAGAGAGGAAGGCGAACACGCACGGUGGUGCAACACACGUUGCGCGCGCGAUACAAACUAAUUUUAAGGGCCAAAAUGAGAUAUGGAAGAUUGGAUGAUGAGUAAGUGUGUUUGUGAAGCUCAUGUUUGUUUUUUUUUUUAAAUCUUUUUCGACUCUUAUCUGUCUUUCGAACCCCCUCCCAACACCUGCUUUGGCGUUAUAUCUGCUUGUUUUGGCAAAAUAUUAUUCAUAUUUUAAACAUCCUCAAAUUUUGCACCAAUUUUUAACCCCCUCCGCAGUCGGCAUCUCAUGCUCCAUGUAUUAGUAUUUUGUGUUGUGUUUGUUUUGUUUUUUGAAGACAAAAAAAAUGCAUUUUCAAACAUGAAAAUGUGUCUCUGUUGGUACAAAAAAAAAAAAAAAAAAACACUGUCGUUUCAUCCAGGAAUGAAAUGCAUAAAAACAAAACAAACGCAAUUGCCUAGUUUUCGAACGAUUCGGAAUACAAUUCGGACCUUGUAUAGUUCCUACCUGCCUCCCCACACCACCACCACCGCCGCUCCCCGAGGUUUGUUUCCCCGAGAUCGAGAUCGAGCAAAACGGGAGGGACAGCAGAACAAAAUGGUUUUGGUGGUAAGGAAAGGAAAAAACAUAAACGACACAAAAUCAAAACUUUCGCUGAAGGAACGACGGGGCAAAGGGGAAAAUGAGAGAACUGCAUGUUAAAAAUUGGAAGUGUAAAAAAAAGGGUUGGGAAAAAGAGAAAAGCAAAGAAAAGAAAAGAAAAAAAAGGAUUAAAAUUAACGAAAAGCGAAGCAGGAAAAAUGGAACAAAAUUAAUGAUAAACAGAUUUAAAACAAGAAAAAAAAAAUUAAGUGCAUGGUACACAAAAACUAACAUGAUAAGCAACACACAAACCACAUACAAGCAGAGAGGAGAGGGAGAGCGAAGGAGGAGUAGGAGAUGAUGGUGGAAAUGCAAAUAGGUGGAUAAGCCAGUGGAAGUCAGGAAAAGCCGAUAAUAAAGCAUUUGUGAGUAAAGGGAUGGAAAGGAGAGCAAGCAGUGUAGGAUGAAGACACAGAAACACAUUACACAUUACGCCCAUACACGCAUAGUAACACAACUCAACACGAGCACACAUUGAAAACAGUCAAAAACACACAAACACACACACACACACACACACAGACAAACUAUACACGCAACGUGUACCGAUUCCUUAACUGACGAGGUAGCUCUUUUCCUCCUGUUCGUUUGUUUUUGAAACAAGAAAACAAAUCAUUGAUCUUAAGCUUAAGCAUUGAAAGGAAGAUAUUUUUUGAAAAUGUUUUUCCUUCCUUCUCUUUUGUCUAAAACAAAAGCAAAACAACACACACACACACACAGUGGUGUUCCCGGUGUUGUCUCUUUGUAUAAAUUAUUCGAGCGCCGUGCGUCAAAUACAAAAAACAGUAAAGGAAAAAAAAACAACUAAUAGCAGCGCCGCAGCAAACGAAAACAAAAGUUUAUCAUUUAAAGAGACAAACAAACACACAGACACACAAGCAAGUUAAGAUAAGAGCGGAGAUAACAUGUGAAUACAACACAGAGGGAAAAAGGAAAAUGGAGUAAGCGCGAAUAAGGAAGCGCGAGGAUAAUUUGUGAGCGCGCGCGCAGUACCGGUGCGCACCGGGCGAGCCGAGUGGAAAAGAAUUGCAGGAGAAAAAACGGGAAAACGGGACGUAUUUCCCUCCCCCCCCCCAUCUCCCAAGCACCCCGCUCACCCCCAUUGCAGUGUCGUGUGCGUGAAGAAAAAGGGAGCAUAAAAUGUGAAAAAGGAGAAAAGAAGGAAAGGAUAAAAAACCGUUUCAUUUGUGAUAUUUGAAUUUACGAAUUAAGGAUACAAAAUAUCUUUCUCCUUUUUUUAUUAUUAUUACCUUGUGUACUACCUACUACACCUAACUCUACCUUUACCGCUACUCUAUUAUUAUUAUUAUAAUUUGUUUUUAACUUAUGUGUAGUGAAACCCCCCCCUAUUUUCCCGUUUUCUUCUGCAAGUUCUUUUCUGUGUUUUUUUUUAUUAUUUGUGAUCUCACUGUCUUUUGUUUUUAAGACAUCCAAUUUAGUCUGUAGAAGUUGUUUUUUUGAAGAAAAAAUAAAAUACCACAUGGAAAAAAUGUGCAAAAUAACAAACAUACUUUACUUUUGUUUUCUUUUUUUCGUUUCUUUUAUCAUUUUUUUAUUUAUAUAUUUCUCUACCCUCGUCCGUGCACCGAAAUAUGUUCCAUUCUGUUCUGUUGUUCUUCUCCUGGUUUGGUUUGUUUUUCUUUUCACCUUUUGUUUUCGCUUUGUGUUUUUCGGUUUGUUGUUUCUGGGUUGUGUGUUUCUUCGGUGGUGUUUCGAAACUUGGUUGUUAUUUCUUUCUUUCUUUCUGCUCUCUAUUUAUUCGGUUCGGUUUUCCUGCGUUUCGGGACGUUGCGUUUUCCGUUUUGCGGUUUAUACCACUUCAGUCAUCACACUCCAGCACCGAAAGAACGCAAUGCAAACGAAUAUCAAAAACAAACUACAAAAGUAAGACAAAUAAAAACGCUGUGGAAGAAGAAAAUAUCAAUUAGCCCAUAAAGUGCGCGUGCACCUUCUCACAAGCCUCAUUUACUGUUCAGCCACACCUGCACCCGCGGAUAAAUAGUGAAACCGAAAAGCCAAUUCCGUAAACCAAGCUCAACAUUUUGCAUCUUGUCCGUCGGCCCAGGCUCGGGAGCCGCAAACAGCUCGCGUUUGUGUAAUAAACGGCCAGUAAAUGUCAGUAAAUGGAUGAAAUUAGCAGUCGAUUGUUUAAUGCAUUGGCAGGUCUACACACACACACACAAUUUAUCCCAAACACGAUGGAAAUAAAGAGAACUACACUGAAAAGUACACACGGCAACACAACACACACACCAUUAUUCAGAUUGCAUUUGCUUCGGAGUCUUCUGAGGAGGCGCGAAGAGGAAAACUCACAAUUGUUUGUUAUUGAUUGAGAAUUGAGAAGAGAAUAAAGCAAAAAAAAAAAACAAACAAACAAACCACAAAACCACGUGACGAAUCAAUCGAUCGAAAAUCCAACCGAAAAUGGAACAUUAAAGAAGAGAAAAGAUAAUUAUCCAAAAAAUAAUGAAACAAAAAGAAAACUUACCAAAAAAAAAACAAACAAACAAACAAAGUAUAUGUAUGUGUCUGUAGUAGUUAUUAACAAAUUAACCAAUAACACAAAACAAACGAAAUCGUGACAAAAAGCAAAAUAAAAUUAUGAAACAACACAAAACCAAACAAACAAACAUAUUUUACAAAAGCUAUAAAAAAAAACACUUUUCCCCAAUUCUAACCGUUUUGUCCACCGAAUGUGGGGCCGCUCAUCGAUAACUCAAGAUGAUACGGUGAGCUCUACUGGUCUACUGGACCAAAGAACCGGUAAAGAGAAGCAGACAGACGAACUGAGAGCCGUGUGAGUGUUUGAAUAGGAGAAGAGCGAUGGUUCGUUUUGUCGUUUUCUUCACAUUGGCCGAGCCUUAUUAACUGUGCGGUGUUCUAUCGAUGUUUGCAAGAGGAGGGAGUGAGCGUCAUGGAGAGUGAAAGAGGGUGGUAGAUCAUUCUCUUUCAGGCAGUGGAAAAAUUGCAUCCCUCCCAUUUGCGGGGAGCGCUGAGCUGAAAGCGACAAAGAUGGAAGAUUUUAACGAAAUCCCACCAAAAAAAAAAAAACAUUUAACCAAACCCUUAUCCACCACACAGGCUGGUGCGGGUGAGUAGUGUCGGUGUCUGUAAAUGCUGCUCUCUCCCCCGUCUCCCCGUUUCGCUUUAUUGUCUACUCCCCCCUGUGCACCUGGGACACUGGACAAACUGUGAACCAUCUUUGCUUUUCUGGGGACCUGGCCCGGUACUUCGGUGCCUCCAGCCAGGCGAGAGAAAUUCGGUUUGUGUGCUCAUACUGAAGUCUGAAAAAAAAGAUUGAGAAGCCAUUAAAAAUCAACCCACAAGGCGGGCGACACGCACGGCUCUAGCACGGUGGACAGCAAAAAGAGCAGAAGGUAUGAACUUGAAAAAAAAAACAAUCGGUUAGAAGCGAGGAAGAGACAAAGAAAAAAAAAGAAGAAGGAAAGCAGAAAACAAAAUAAAAGUACUGUGUGUGUGUUUUUUCUAUAUUUAUAUAAUAUACAUAAAAAUAUAUAUAUACACAUAUGUCGAACGGUAAGGGAGGUAUGAAAUAUUAAUCGAGAAAACAAAACCAAAAAAAAAACAAAAAUACAACAAAAAAAGAAAAGCGAAACAAAAACCGUCAGCAACAAAAGAAGUAAGAAGGACGAAAAAGAAAAUGUGAACAAAAAAAAAAACAAACAAACCAACAAUACACAACAAACUAGGAUUUUCAAAUUUGAUAAACUAUUGAUAAUAAUUGACAAACUCGACAAUUUUUUACACACACACACACACACACACACACACACGCAGACGCAAAUUAACAAAAACAAGCAAGGAAACGAAAUACGAAACCCAAUACACAACAGCAUACACAAGGAGGAUGUGUUGGUGGAAAUGCAUCCAACCCAGCAAGGAAACCAUAAACAAAGCAAAUCAGAGUACAGUCGCGCGUGUUUGCUUUCCGCACCACGAACUUUAUCAUGCUGUUUGCAUUUUUGUUUUUAACGGAUGCCAAUUUGUCAUUUGUUUCUUGCUCGAUGAUGUCUAUUCAUUCAAUGCAGUCCUUUUAGCUCUAUUCUCCCUUAUGGGAAGAAUAUAUAUUUAAUAUCCUUUGAUGAUUUUCAUUCGUUUUUAAAUGAUAAAAUCACUCUAUAAUUCAUUUUUUCAUCAAUCUCAUCGUUUCAUCAAUGCUGUUCUAUUUUUAAAUUUACAUUCCUUAUUAAUUUGUCUGAGAUGUCGCCCUUCUCCUAAUUGGUCCUACUUGUUGCUUUGAACACAUGAUCAAACAAACCACUCUUAAUUUUUUCCGCAAAAAAAACAACUAUGAAACAUUACACUAAAAAAGAAAACGAUAAUACAAUCCAUAUCCCGAGAGUAAAACCAGCAGCAAACAAAACAAAACAAACAAACAAAAGUAGUAGAAUGAAUAUAAAAUUAUUAACCUAAACAAAACCAAACAAAAACUCUACAAAAAACACAAAACGGCUUCAGUCGGUUAACGUCGGCGUGAAGCAGAAGAGAGCAGCGAAACACAGUGCAAGUUUAAUGGAUAUAGUAGUCGAACCUUAGGGGAUAGAAAGCGUGCGUUUGGACGGUUUGACCAGUGAAUGUUUAGAAUGCGGGCAGGCGAAGAAGGCAAGGCAGAGGGUGGAAAGGAAUAAACAAAACAAAAACACAUACAUACACACGCGUGCACAAAAUAAUCGAUAUGUAAUUGUAGUAGAUUUUUUCUCUCCCCCCGAUUUCCGCAGAAAACCCGCAAAACCGUUCAACAGCCGAAAUGCAAAAGCAGCAGCAACAAAGAAAAAAACCAAAAUCAGACGGCAAACAGAACCAUAGUUGUAUUGGUAAUUACAAUAAUCUUAUAAAAUGCAACCAAAACACAUAGCAAGCAGGAAAAGGUAAAAGGAAGUAAGAGAGAGAGAGAGAGAGAGAGAGAGAGAGAGAAAAGAAGAAAAAACAACAGCAAAACGAAAUACAAAACUCUAACCAAAUCAUUUAGUAGUGGGACGUAUGUGUCUUUCGUACAUUUUUUAAACACUAAUAUGUAUAAAAAAAAAAAAAACAUUUGUUGGCUCUUAUCCAUUAAUGCUCGGACGUGUUGCUUCUUUGCAAACAAUCAGAUAAGCACCAGUAACCAGCAGCAAAUAGACAUAUUGGAAUAGAGAGAAAACCCGAAAACGUACUACAAGAGCAUAACGGCAAAAGCUGUAAACAAUAGUAAAUGGUUUAAGUAUGGAGCAAAAAAAAAAAACAACAAAACAAACAAAACGAACCAACACAAACACAAAACAGACACACUACAAACACAGAGAACGAACGAAACAAAAACAAAAAAUCAACUUAUUAACUUAUAUGUGUACAUGUGUAUAAUCAGCAGCAAGGAUUCAGUGGGAACAUCUUGGGUGGGUUUUUUCUAUUGCGUUUGCCGCAUACAUCUGAGAGUAGCGGACAAGAAAGACCGCCGCGUACAGGAACAACGACGUGAAUGAACUGGAGUAACGCUUGUGUUUCCCAUAUUCAAAAAAAAAAAAAAAACGAAUGAAAAGGGAAUAGCUAGUGAGGCGAGCCAGCAUAAGUGUGUAAAAGUGUGUUUCUUAACCUGCAAACGGGAACAAUAAUCAUUUAGUUUGGCGUUAAACGUCAAAGGCGUUUGUUUUUUACGAAAGAGAGAGAGAGAGAGCGCUUAAGCGGUUGAGGUUGAAGCGGGAUGGUCGAUGGAGGCGCCUGGUACUUUUUGCAAAGAAAGCGAGCGACACAGCUUACGUUACUGUUAUGACGAGUCGUACGACCGUGUGCGUGUGCGUGUGUGUGUGUUUGGUUGAGCGAGAUAAAAAAAAGGGACUAAUAGCUGAGUUGUGUUUGCUUCCAACGGGCAGGGCAACGCGGGCACGAACACUCAAACCAAUCGAUGUACAAACAAUGUAUUGAUUAAUCGUUUACCCUACUGUGUAAUACCUACUAUAUAGAUAGUGUUAGCGUGUAAGUAUUGAUUACUGUGCUGUAUUAGUCGUAGUUCCACCCAGCUAACGAUGAGUUUCUGCUUUUCUUGCUCCAUUUUUCAGUUGUUUUUGUUUUUUUUUUGCUGUUGUUUACUGCUCUAAUUUACCUGUUUAUGUUUUUGAUUGAGUUGUUUUGUUCACUUAUUUAGGUUUAUGUUUCGUUUUUUUUUUGUAUGAAAUUAUUUAUGUUUUUGUUUCUUCUUUCCAAUUUUAUUUCUCUCUCUUUGCAACUUUCCUUCUUUUACUAAUUUUAAUUCAUCGUUAGAACAUGGAUGAAAACUCUUAACGUGAUAUUUGUGAUCGUAGAUCCCGAUGCUCCUUACUGCGCAGAACCAACGCGCACGCACACACUCAAACACACACACGCUCGAAACAAAGCAAAUCAAAUCAACCGAGUACUGCAAGCACUCUAGAGUCUAUCCUACAAGUACAAACAUAAAGCAGAUAAUAAGACCGUUGUAAAACACCAGGCGCUCCCAUCGGCAGCGAAGGCAACCGCAAGCGGUGGAGCGGGAAAGGAGCGGUAAGGUGUGUAGUGUAGGGGGUAUUUUUAAUCAUCAGUAUUUGAUAAGUUUGGUCACUUCGUUGUGAUACGUUAUUCGCCGUAGUUAGACGAGCCGCCCGUACUGAUAAUGGUUGAUAAUUUCUCCAAACGGCUCUAGUAUUUUUCCAAUUUAACGUCCAUGCUCUGUCAACCAGCAGCAGUAAAGUGGGUGGUACAUCUGGAGAGGGGCAGGUUUUCCGGUGUAGCGUGUGUUUUUUUUUUCGAUUUCGAACAAUGUGAUUUUAUGUUACGGUUGUUCGCCUUUCCUCUUACGAGCAUUUGGACAGCGACAGCAAAAACAGAUUUUUUUUUUUUUCAAAAACAAAACGUGAAACUACUUUAGUUGAUACCGUAUCAGGCAAUUCGAAAGCGAAACAAGCAAGGAAAACAAAAAACAAAAGACGAAUACAACAAAAAAACAACGCUGUCUGUGUAACUCUGUGUGUGUGUUUGUGUAUGUGAGUCGAAUAGCGAUUAGAAAGGGGCGAAGAACGAAGUGAAGAAAACAAUGCGAUGAACAGGCGUGGGGAAAGGUAAAGCACAACAAAUUAUAAGUGAUAGUAUCUAAAAGUGAUAAUAAGUAAGGCACACGUGUCCGUACGAGAACAAAAAGAAAACCAAAAUAAGAAAACAAAAAAACCAAGUUAAGAAUAAACACAGCAAACAACAAAGUGUGGGCAAAAGAGUGAGUCAAAACACUGAUCGCAAAGAAAGGAACAAAGUAAAGAAGCACCAAACAAAACAAAACAAAUAAAAAACAAUGUUGGAAUGAAAAGUUGCAAAAUCAUGGUGCAAAGGUGUGGCAAACUAAAAUUCCCGAUCCAGUGGUAGGCGCAUUUAACAAAUUACUCAUGAUCUUAUAAUAACAACAAGAACAGAAAACAAAAAAAGAACAAAAUAAAAAAUAACAAAACAACUCGAUACUAUGUGGUGGACAAUUUAGCGAACAAAAUAAAUCUUACAAUUUGAAAAAAAAACAAACAACCAAACUAGUAAAACAAGCAAUCUUGGUGGUUUUGUGUGGAACAGAGGAAACAAACGGAUAACAUGGAAAACCUAAACUUGGUGGCAGAAAAUACGCCCCAAGCAAGGUGUUGAAAAGUGGGGACAAGGAAAGAAAAGCUUUUUGCCCCUUCUGGGCCCUCUUGGGCCCUGGGUUGUGUGUCCACUCUAUCCGCACGCCGUCUCUAUCACUCAGCUGGCAUAGAAGAUCUGUGCAUUUUGGGAAUACCUUUUGAACAAAAAAAAAAAA